AUGAGUUCGCAGCCAACAAACGCGAGCGGCGCAGAAGAGCAUGUUCUCAACCGCCUUGACUCAAGCACACACGCUUCGACUUCAGCCAUUCCUGCGCAGGUUGUAACAACGGUCUCGAUAACACGGCCCUUGAGCGUAUCCGCUUCAGGAGAACAAGUGAUUGCGGCCUCUGCGUCCCCAGAGACCAAGCCGAAGCAUAUGCGGGAGGUGGUCAUUUGCAUCUCAGCAUUUACCGUGAUUUUUAUGUGCUGCGGCAUCAACUUCGCGUUUGGAGUAUACCAGAGCCUGUACGAGAAAAUGUCCGCGGAACCUGGCAACCCCUUCACCGGCACCUCUACCGCCACCAUCGGCCUCAUUGGCACACUAUCGGUCGCUUUCAUGCAAAUAGCAGCGCCUCUGGCGAGCGCCUGGGUUAAGCGCUUCUCACCGAAAGUCGUGCUUGCUCUCGGCGGCGCACUCUUUUUCCUGGCCUGCUUGCUCGCUAGUUUUAGUCAGACGGUCUGGCAGUUCCUGCUCACCCAGGGCUUCCUGCUCGGGAUGGGUACUUGCAUAGCCUACAUUACGGCCGUGACCGUCACGCCGACAUGGUUUGCGAAGAGGCGCGGCCUUGCAAUGGGUAUCAUUCUCUCUGGCACGGGAGUCGGAGGCCUCGUCUGGGCGCCUGCCAUACAGGCGAUGAAUGAGCGGUACGGCUUUCGCACCGGUCUCAGGAUCACCGGUUCAGUGGGUGCAGCAACCAUAAUAGCGGCCACUUUCGUCCUCGACUGGGACGAAGCCAGCAAAUCCCGCCUCAGGCAACAAGAGAACGCAGUUGGAAAGUCCCUCCUCUCACGAUUGUUUGUCGUACCCCUCGUCAACUGGCGAGUGGCCAAGAGCAAGGCGUUCACUGCACAGGCUCUCGGAACGACGUUCCACGGUGCUGCAUACUACAUCCCGCUCUUCUACUUCUCCACCUACGCAGCUACGUUGGACUACAGCGCUACGGCCGGUGCCAACUUCAUCGCAAUCAACAACGCCUGCAACGCCAUAGGCAAGAUCGUCAUUGGCUUCAUCGCCGAUCGAUGGCUGGGUCGUAUCAACACUCUCGUGUUGACGACUCUCGUCAGCACCAUGGGAACGGCCGCGUUCUGGAUUCCAUCCACCCUCUUGAACGGACACGAGGGCAGUCGAGGGCUGUUCAUAGCCUUUUCGCUCGCCUAUGGUACGUUCGCCAGCGCCUACGUCUCGCUCUUCCCAGCGUCACUCGUCGAGAUAUUUGGUCCCGCCCAGUAUGCGUCCGUCAAUGGUCUGCUUUACAUGCUGCGCGGAUUCGGCGGACUCGUCGGCGCGCCCAUUGCCGGCGUUCUCAUUCGAGGCAGCGGUGGCGCAGCUAUUCCAAAGGCGUAUUGGCCUUCCGCCGUCCUCGUCUCCGCUCUUCUUGCCAGUGCGACCCUAUCUGUGGCAUGGGUUUGGCACGAGGCCUAUAGAAAGACGGCCGAAACCCGCCGAACGGCCAAGCACUCGUGGCGCAUGUAAUCCACUUGUUUUGCACCAAUCAACACUGUCUGGAUAGGAUACUCGUGAAAAGCACCUGCUACGUCCAUUACCAGCUUGCAAAGGUUCCUGGGUCGGGAUCUUCGGGGGACGGGCAUUAGCAGGUGAUAUGGAAUGACGUUGUUCCUUCUCUUGAGUGGUAGCCGCACUCUGCCUCGCUCACAAUCGAAACCCAAUCUGCAUGUUAUAGGCCAUGGUCUGAUCGCGAAUGAAACCGAGGAUCGUCUGAGUAACGCAGGUGAUUCCUGGGUCGAGAUGGAACGGUCUCCAUGCGAUUGCUCGCGGAGAUUCCUGAGAGCAACGACAGGGUCAUGACCCUGGCAAGGCAUCUGGCUGGUUCUUCUUCGCUAUGAGGGCCUUGACGCUUUUG